AUGGCUACCCCUAGUGUCCUCACUUUUGACAAUGAGGGUCGGGCCAUUGACUUUGACGUCUGGGUAGAUGACCUGCAGCUUUUCCUACAGUGCGAUAGGGCAGACGGUCUCUCCCUCUUUGACCUCACCUCUGGUGCCUCUCCUGCCCCUGCUGCUGAUGCUAACGCCACUGUUUGCUCACAGUGGGCUAUACGCGAUGCUGCUGCACGUCCUGCUGUGCGUCGCCACCGUCCUACCACUGAGCGUGCGCACUUUAGCCAGUACAAGAGUGCUCAGACCUUGUACGACGCUGUAGUUGCACGCUACUCCUCCCCUGCCACUGCUGCACUGAGCCGCCUCAUGCUACCAUACCUCUUCCCUGACCUUGCUGCCUUCCCCACAGUCGCUGACCUCAUUACGCAUCUCCGCCCUAGUGACACUCGCUACCGCGCUGCGCUUCCUGCUGAUCAGUCGGCGCUGCGUCUGCCCCUGGCGGGACACGCCGCACCGGCAAGGGCAAGGGGGGCAAGGGCACUGGAGGGACUGGCGGGGGUGGCGGAGGUGGCGGUGGAGGCAGUGGAGGGGGUGCGGGUGGUGGUGGGAGUGGUGGCGGGGGUGGGGGUGUCGGUGGCGCCAGUGGAGGCGGAGGCAGCGGCGGCGGUGGCAGUGGGAGCGGAGGUGGCGGAGGUGGCGACGGUGGAGGAGGCGGCGGCGGCGGAGGAGGAGGAGGAGGUCGUGGCUCUUCGCAGAGGAGUGGCUCCGGUGGUGCGUGGUGGGGGUUCGGGUCCCUGCACCUACAUUCUCCGCACCGGCGACCGAGCUGGUGAGCAGUGCGGGGGUGCGCACUCCACUCAGCGCUACUUUGGCCGCCUGACGGACGCUUGGCGUCACCAGUUCCCUGAGGCCACUAAGAUCCCUCGCUGGGGCGAGCUGUCUAGGGCGGGAGUAGCUAUCUUUGAUCUUGACUUUGAUGCUAUCCUUGCUGCCAUGUAUGCUGUGACUAUUAGUGAUGAGGGUGACUGUUACCGGUGUUUCCCGCCCGACCCGGGCAUUGAGACUGCUGCUCUAGGUGCUGGUGAGGCUGCUACUCCAGGUGCUAGCGAGGGUGCUGCUCUAGGUGCUGGUGUGUCUGCUUCCUCAGGUGCUGGUGAGUCUGCGCUCUCAGGUACUGCGUCGCCUUCGGCCUCCCACACCUUCACUCUUGAUUCGGGGGCUUCUCGCUCCUUCUUUCGAGACCGCACCACAUUCACGCCGCUUGGUCGGCCUGUUGUAGUCUCUCUGGCAGACCCCUCCGGGGGUCCUGUUCUUGCUCACUUCUCCACUGUCCUCCCGUGUCCAGUGGCCCCCGCUGACACCCUGUCUGGUCUUCACCUCCCCUCAUUCUCUACGAACUUGGUGAGUGUUGCUGACCUGCAUGAUGCGGGGGUUCACCAGUUCACUCCUGCGAGUCAGCGGGUGACCCACUGCUCGGGCGCUCGGACACGCCGACACCUGGCCACGUUUACACGUCGGUCGGGGUCGAGCCUGUACACACAAACCACUGCGUCUCCUCCCACUGCGUCUGGUCAGGUAGCUGCGUCAGGUCAGGUGUUUGCUGCAGCGUCCAGGUCUGGUCCUGAGUAUGACACCUACUCGUGUCGCCUCCUGUCUCGCGAGACUCUCCUCUGGCACCACCGCCUUGGUCACCCCUCCCUGCUUCAUUUCCGAGGCAUGGCCUCCUGGGCGGCAGCAGGCUGCCCCUAG